AUAAACAGUUUAACAUUGAUAAAAUUCAUAACAUAUCCUAGAAAAUUGUAAGAAACAAUUCGGUUUCUCCAAUUUUUGCGGUUAUUUCUGUUGAAAGCAAGUUCUAAAUGCACCAUAUUGGAAAUGGUUAGGCACUUUCACUGAACUGUACACCAUUCUGACCAUAAUAUCUCCCCCUUGGAGUUGUCUCAGGCGAAUAAGCAUACAAUGGAUCGCUGCAUCUCCUCACACUUCUUCGAUCUCUGUCUUGGCAGGUGCGCGUGGAGAAAUGCCAGUUGAUUACACACAAUCGGACACUGGACACGAGAUUGACCUUUCCGGAUCUCACGAUCUACGGCAGGGUGACUCUGAGGCCAGUUGGCGGUCACUGUGACAUGAUUCUGCGACUGCGUCGCGUCGGAAUUGACUUCCAGACGUCCGUGCUGCCCAAUCAGAGCUUCGAGAAGAGUGAAUCGCGAUCGGUUAACGUGAGGACAGAUUCUUACUUCGCCGAGCCAGGAUUCAUGUCGAUCUUUGCUCAUGGCUGCGAAGGACCGACUGAUGUGAAAUUCCGCAGAAUCAACUCGAAGAUGCAUCUGUUCCGGCCGGAAGUGCAUCGACGGGGUCACGAGUUGGACAUUGAGCAUCGUGUGGACAAUGAUUUGGAGGGAAAGAGUUUCUCCUUCUACGACGAUCUGCGGAGGCGAAGAUACAAGCAACAGGCGAUGUGGCAUGCAAUCCAGCAGACGGACGCCUCAGAGGAGAUCGCCAAUGCCUUCCUGCGCGAGGUUGAGCACCUGUUCUCGAAGGGAGUUCAGGGAAUUCUCACGUCGUACAUCCAAAGAAUGCUCCAGCCAGCGAUCAAGAACACGCUGAUGGAGGGAAUGGGAUACACUCUAUCUUAUGGCUAA